AUGAAUCCGAACCAUCUCUCGGAGAAAGAGGAAGAAAAAAAUACCAUGAUGGAUAUCGACAAGCCUACUAGUACUAGCCUUGGGGAAGAAAGCAAAGAAACGAUUAUGACUAAACAUGUCGAAUCAUCCUCGGCCACGAAAGAGGAUGAUGAUGGAAAUCCUCGAAAACGCCGGCAUUUGCUUCCAUCUGACUUGAAAGUAGAUUUUGAUGUGAGCCAGCUUCAAAUUCUUGAAAAGCCUGCAGCUUUAGAAGAAAAGCGAGGAAUCAUAAAGUUUCGUGUGGUAGCAAAUGACGAUAAUCCUGAAAGCUUUAUAAUGUUGACAGGUUUAAAAAAUAUUUUCAUGAAACAACUACCAAAAAUGCCAAAAGAAUAUAUUACCAGACUUAUUUACGACAGAAAUCACUUAUCCAUGACCAUUGUGAAAGAUAAUUUGCACGUUGUGGGUGGCAUCACUUACCGUCCUUUUGAACAACGUGAAUUCGCCGAAAUUGUUUUUUGUGCUAUUGCUUCUACUGAGCAAGUACGGGGUUAUGGUUCCCAUUUAAUGAACCAUCUUAAAGACUAUGUUCGUGGAACUUCCAAAAUCCAGCAUUUCCUCACGUAUGCCGAUAAUUAUGCCAUAGGUUACUUUAAAAAGCAAGGGUUUACACAGGAAAUUAAUUUGCCCAAAGAAAUCUGGAUGGGUUACAUAAAAGAUUACGAAGGCGGUACGUUGAUGCAGUGUACCAUGCUCCCAAAAAUCAAAUAUUUGGAAGCGAGUGUCAUUUUAUCCAUCCAAAAGGCCGCUGUAAUCUCGAAAAUAAAUAAACUUACUCGUUCCAACAUCGUAUAUCCCGGACUAGACAUUUUCAAGAAUGGACCAGCACAUAUUGAACCAAACCAAGUUCCAGGUUUAAUGGAAGUUGGAUGGUGUAAAGAAAUGGAGGAGCUGGCAAAAAAGCCAAAACCUAAGCCGUUCUUCGCUGUGUUGGAAAUGCUCUUCACUGAAAUGCAAAAUCAUCCUUCCUCUUGGCCGUUUGCUCAACCAGUGAACAGGGAGGAUGUUCCAGAUUAUUACGAAGUCAUCGAGCAUCCUGUGGAUUUAUCAACCAUGGAAUAUCGGCUUCGUAACAAUCAAUAUGAGUCUGUAGAAGAAUUCAUCCGUGAUGCAAAAUUAAUUUUCAAUAAUUGCAGACAAUAUAAUGAUCCAAGCACAACAUACUACAAGAAUGCUGACCGUCUUGAGAGGUUCUUCCAAAAACAACUGAUGGAAACGGAGUACUCUCAUUUGGCUGAAUAA